AUGCCAGCCACUCUUCCAAAGAUUGCCACCCCACAGCUGGAGCGACCCUGUGCAAAUGCCAAGCCUCUUGGACACGACAUCACCCUGCAGGGGUUCUUCCCAGGAGCCCCUACCCUCCAGGGGGUGUCUGGAUCCCCUAGUGGCACCUCCUUCUCUCCAGUCGCUCUGGGCCGGCUCCCUGCUCUCUGCACCGAGGCCACACCGCCGUCUAUUGGUGUCCCGGUUCAUUCCCGCUGGGAGCAGCAGUUCUGGCUGAAGCUGGCUUUGCCUCUGACGCUCGCCCGGGCUCCCUCGCGUCCCCGCACGGCGCCCUCCGCGUCGCGGACGCAGCCCAGAGCCCGGGCCUGCGUGGGCCGAGCCCAGGUCGCCGAAUGGGGCCGAACCGGGAUGCGUCGGCAGGGGCCCGUGGCUCGUAGAACGCCUCCUCUCCACUCAAGCCCCAUUGCCCUCUCCAGCUGGGAGAAGCACAAACGUCGUGUAGAUGAGACGGUCCGAGGCUCCCGGACGCAGGCCUGGGCUGGGGAGAGGCCCGGGCGGAGAGACGGGCUGGGGGUGGGCGCUAACCGAGGACAGGGCGGCUGGCGCCGCCAGCGGGACCCCAGGCCCCCGGCCCCUGUCCUGCUGCUGCUGCUGCUGCUGCUCUGGGCCCCUGCCCGAGCCCUCCUGGCUGGGACGGUGCCUUCAGAGCCUCUGAGUGCCUGUGCCUCAGACCCGUGCGCUCCAGGGACCGAGUGCCAGACUAUGGAGAGUGGUGGCUACACCUGUGAGCCCAUGGAGCCCCGGGGCUGUGCCACCCAGCCAUGCCACCAUGGUGCUCUAUGUGUGCCCCAGGGCCCAGAUCCUGACGGCUUCCGCUGCUACUGCGUACCCGGUUUCCAGGGCCCACACUGUGAGCUGGACAUCGACGAGUGUGCAUCCCGGCCCUGCUACCAUGGGGCCACCUGCCGCAACCUGGCCGAUCGCUACGAGUGCCACUGCCCCCUUGGCUACACAGGCGUAACCUGUGAGGUCGAGGUGAACGAGUGCGCCUCAGCGCCCUGCCUGCACGGGGGCUCGUGCCUGGACGGCGUGGGCUCCUACCGCUGCGUGUGCGCGCCGGGCUACGGGGGUGCCCGCUGCCAGCUGGACCUCGACGAGUGCCAGAGCCAGCCGUGCGCGCAUGGGGGCGCGUGCCGCGACCUGGUCAACGGCGCGUCCCUCCCGCACGGCUACAGCGGCGAGCGGUGCGAGGUGGACGAGGACGAGUGCGCCACCGGCCCCUGCCUGCACGGGGGCCGGUGCCUGCAGCGCUCCGACCCGGCCCUCUACGGGGGCGCCCAGGCCGCCUUCCCCGGCGACUUCAGCUUCCGCGACGCCGCGGGCUUCCUGUGCCGCUGCCCUCCCGGCUUUGCGGGAGACGACUGCAGCGUGGACAUGGACGAGUGUGCCUCACGGCCGUGCCUCAACAGAGGCCGUUGCCAGGACCUGCCCAGUGGGUUCCAGUGUCACUGCCCGGAUGGCUAUGCAGGCCUGACAUGUCAGGAAGAUGUGGAUGAAUGCCUGUCGGAUCCCUGUCUCCAUGGCGGAACCUGCAAUGACACUGUGGCAGGCUACAUCUGUCGGUGCCCAGAGGCCUGGGGCGGGCCUGACUGUUCUGUGCAGCUCACUGGCUGCCAGGGCCACACAUGUUCACUGGCUGCCACUUGCAUCCCUGUCUUCGAGUCUGGGGUCCACAGUUAUACCUGCCUCUGCCCACCUGGUACCCACGGACCUCUUUGUGGUCAGAAUACCACCUUCUCUGUGGUGGCUGGGAGCCCUGUGUGGGCAUCGGUGCCGGCUGGUGGCCCCCUGGGUCUGGCACUGAGGUUUCGUACCACACUGCCCUCUGGGGCCUUGGCCACUCGUAAUGGCACCCAGGACAGAUUGGAGCUGACACUGGUGACGGCCACACUUCAGGUCACACUCUGGAGCCACGGCACUACUGCACUUGUCCUGAGACUGCCGGACCUGGCCCUGAACGAUGGCCGCUGGCACCAGGCGGAGGUGGUGCUCCACCUAGGGAUGCUGGAGCUACGGCUCUGGCAUGAGGGCUGCCCAACUCGGCUCUGUGUGGCCUCUGGUUCUGUGGCCCUGGCUCCCACGGUCUCAAUGACCCCACUGACUGCUGGGCCUUUAUCCGCCCAGCUGGGUGGCAUGGCCUUUGCAGGCUGCCUCCAGGAUGUGCAUGUGGACGGACACCUCCUGCUGCCUGAGUCUCUUGGUGAGAACGUCCUCCCAGGCUGCAAGCGCCAUGAGCAGUGCCACCCUCUGCCCUGCGCCCACGGAGGGGCCUGUGUGGACUUGUGGACUCACUUCCGUUGUGACUGCCCCAGGCCGCACAGUGGCCCCACGUGCGCUGAUGAGAUUCCUGCUGCCACCUUUGGCCUGGGGGGCACCCUGAGCUCUGCCUUCUUUCUGCUCCAAGAGUUGCCAGGCCCCAACCUCACUGUGUCCUUCCUCCUCCGCACCCGGGCGCCCUCUGGCCUGCUGCUCCAAUUUGCCAAUGACUCAGCAGUUGGCCUGACAGUAUUCCUGAGCGAGGGUCAGAUCUGGGCUGAGACGCCGGGCAGUCCUGCUGUGGCACUGCCUGGGCGCUGGGAUGAUGGGCUCCGCCACUUGGUGACACUCAGCUUCGGGCCUGACCAACUGCAGGACCUGGGGCAGCAGGUCCAUGUGGGUGGGAGGCUGCCCCCUGGUGACAGCCAGUCCUGGGGUGGGCCCUUCCGGGGCUGCCUCCAGGACCUGCGACUCAACGGCCGCCACCUCCCCUUCUUUCCGCUGCCACCGGAGAACUCGAGCCAGCCCAGCGAACUUGGUGGCGGGCAGUCCCAGAACCUCACCGUGGGCUGCAUCUCUGAGGACAUGUGCAGUCCUGACCCCUGUUUCAAUGGGGGGACUUGCCUUGUCACCUGGAACGACUUCCACUGCGCCUGCCCUGCCAACUUCACAGGGCCCACGUGUGCCCAGCAGCUGUGGUGCCCUGGCCAGCCCUGCCUCCCGCCUGCCGUCUGUGAGGAGGUCCCUGAUGGCUUUGUCUGUGAGUGUGCACCCUGGACAGCCCUCAUGUUGGGUGCUGGACACCCUAGCUGGUUAGAGCCCACCUUCACUCUCGGGGCUUAUGGGACCCAGAGGACUGGCUCCCAUGACAGAUGUGAGAACUACAAAGGGUUGCUUGUCCUGCCUGAGGAAUGCAGCCUGAACGUCACCUGCCCAUGUGAGGGUGGGCCUAGGGGUGCCAACUGCAGCUGCCAAGAGGACUUUGCUGGCCAGAGGUGUCGGAUCCCCACCUUUCCCUGUGAGGUCAACCCCUGCUUGAAUGGGGGCACCUGCCGGGCAGCUGGAGGGGUGUCUGAGUGUAUCUGCAGCGCCAGAUUCUCUGGCAAGUUCUGCGAAGUGGUGAAGGGCCAGGCCCUACCGCUGCCGUUUCCGCUGCUGGAGGUGGCUGUGCCUGCAGCCUGUGCCUGCCUCCUCCUCCUCCUCCUGGGCCUCCUCUCAGGGAUCCUGGCAGCCAGAAAGCGCCGCCAGUCAGAGGGCACCUACAGCCCCAGCCAGCAGGAGGUGGCUGGGGCCCGGCUGGAGAUGGACAGUGUCCUCAAGGUGCCUCCCGAGGAGAGACUCAUCUAGGGCAAGCUGGCUGCUGGUGCCAGCACCUGGAGGCCCUGGGCUGUUUCCAUCUGGAGACCCAAGGAGGCUGCUUCCAGGGCCGGGAUGCCACUGGCGAAGUGUUCCUGUGGCUGGCCUCCCCUGCCUCUGCCCCGUCAUGGACUGAGGAAAAGGGGAGCAACUCAGGGAAAGGGAAGGGCCUGGCGUGGUCGUGGACUUCUCCAUCUGACCUACUGGGUUCUGGGUUCUGCCUUGGCGAGUGUA